AUGGAGAUGUCCAGAAACUACUGUCUGUACCCACUUUACCUGUUGUACAACUCCAAGGAGCGGUACCACCGGGUCGAUCCGCAAGACCUGUCGAAAGAUUUUUUGCGGCAGCUGGUCGAGCAGAGUUUUGGCGUCAGGAACGCGUUUGAAAUGUGCCAGCUCCAAAACAUGAAUUUUGGGCCCAGGGGGGUGUCGCGUCUAGAGACGGACGAGGACGUGGCGCAAUUUGCAGAGCAGUUUAAGUCGUUACAUUUUGCCAAAAUCACACUUGUCGACAGGAGCAAGCGAGCUCGUGGCGACGCUGGGUCCGCAAAAGGUGCAUCUGCCAGAGUGGCUGCAGGAGCGCCCGCGGGUGCCGAUGCGUCACAAGUCUCGAUCCCGGUGACGAUCCCGGCAGAGCACUUCAACAGCUUGCUAGACGCGAUUCAGAAACUGGAAAUAUCGCUCAAAAAGACCAACGAUCAACUCGGUCAGAAACCUGCCGUGCGGCCCGGGCCCGCAGGAUCUACUGGGCCCUCGCCCGUUCACCUGCCUGUUUCGAGCGUAGAUGACCAUUGCAAAACAAUACACUGCGAUGUCGUGUGCGAUGGGUGCCACCCGGUCACCACCUUUACAGCGUCUCCCGAUACCGCUUUCAUCCGCGGGCCACGCUUCAAGUGUCUUUACUGCCACAACUACGACCUAUGCAGCCCUUGCGUGGCCAAGGGAGUCGAAACCGCUACCCACAAAAAGUACCACAACAUGCUCAAACUUAACGUCCCGGACGCAAACAUCAUCAACCAGUUGUCGGGCACCCACAGCUGUGCACAGAAAUGUCAGACGCGUGCACGUGCCCCAGCCCCUCCGGCGGCUCCCUUGGCUGCCGGAUCUGCACCUGGUUUUGCCGUCCAGACAACUCGCCAGGAAGUGCUCAUCGACAUCCCCGAAAGCCAGGAUCAAGUGUUCUCAUUUUUCGCCAAUAUCAAAUCCGUCACCGAGUUGUCGGCUAUGAUCGAAAAAUGUGCCAAGUUCGACGCUUUAGAGCAGCAAGUGGGCGGCGACUGGACAAGUCUUGAAAACGCGGUUAAGUUGAUGGCUUCGUCCACGACUUCCUUUGAGACUCUGGCUGAAGAUUCCGGUUCCCAGUUGGCAAGCGUGGACGCCAACAGGGACGAAGUAAGUGACGAAGAUGACCUCAUCUUAGUGGAGUUGAUCAAAAAGGACCAUCUGAUCUCGUUCAAACUCCACAACAGAGGAAUUCACCCGGUGUCAAGUGGCCUCAAGUUGGUAUUUCAGUAUUUUGAAACCGCAGAUGCCAAUCCGGUCAAGUGUACUUUGCACAUGGGUCCACACGAAUUCCAGGCGGACAGUCACAAGAUUUUGAACUUCAAUUAUCGCGGUCUCAUCGACAAUUUCUCGACUUCCCACUCUUGUAAAAUCGACCUCGUCGACCAAGACGACACCGUUGUGUUUACAGGCUCGUCUGCCGGCAGCAGCACGCUAGUGUUGAGACCAGCAGCAAUGCCCGACGUCCAAACGUCGGUGUAUCUUGAGGCCCAAAGUUCCACCAGCGGACUGGAUUCGCUGAACGCCCACGACGUGAUCAGCACCACCGCGACCAACGAGGAAUCUACAAAAUUUUCUAGCUAUGACUCGGAAGUGGAGGACUAUGACUACCUCAGCGGCAGUGAUCUCGAAAAGUAA